UUGUAUUACUUUCUAGUACGUGAUAUUCGUCGACUAUCAGUUCAAAUUGAGCUCAAUAAUUCAUCAUAUACAAACCGCCAUUGUCAACGUAAAAUUUACAGGGAACAGACAAAGCUAGAUAAUAUGAAUUGCAGUGAAUUCCUCCCCAAUAUAAAUCAGCUUGCUAAUUUAUUGAAACAAGAUGAAGGAGAUAGUUCUGACGAUGACCAGCCGGUGAACGCUACAGCUAAGCUUGGACCAGCAAGUAUAGGUCCAGUAAAACAAAAAGCUCCUACUAACAAGGCACAUUCUGAUGCAAAAAAAGAUAGUAAAGACAUCUGGGAUGUCGAUGAAGUUGAAGAAGGUGCAGAAUUUGAAGAUUUGGAUGAUCCAAGACCACAGCCUGAAUAUGAUAUUGUGUAUAAACAAGCUAUCACAACAGAAGACAUGUUUCUACAGAUGGGAAAUAAAAAUCCCACUACAUCAUCAUGUGAAGAUAUGGUGGUGAAAAUCAAUCUACCAAAUACAAAGAAAUCUGAUGUGGACCUCAAUGUUACAGACAAGUUUUUAGAUAUCAGGUCUCCUAAAUUCAAACUUGGCCUUCAUCUUCCACAUCCUGUGGACAGUAAAACGGGUUCCGCUAAGUGGGAUGCCGACAAGGAGUUGUUAAUAAUUACACUUCGUAUGAAACGAGAGUUUGACUUCAUUAACCAAUGAAGCUGAAUCCAAGAACUGCUGAGUCAUCCAUCACCGCCAUUGUCGAUUUUCCUCAACUUCACAAAAUGUUGAUGAUAUAAG